UCUUGCGGGAAUUUUUACAACUAGUUUUUUUACUCAAAAAUGAAAAUAUUGGUGUUUUUCUGCCUGUUUUUCCCAUUUCCCACCGAAAUAUCAUGUGACACUGAGUGUUUUGAUCCCAGGCAGGAAAACCUUGACCAUCACUUGGCCACCAAGACCCCAUAUCGCGUGGUAGCUAAUAAAAAUGACGAGAAAAUCAUCUUUGACGAUUGCACUCCAACAAGAGCUUGGGGAAUUUUUCGGCAUGGGACACGAAAUCCCAGCCGGAAGCAGCUGUUCAGGAUGAGGACAACCCUGUCAGAGUACAGGGAUAUCAUCCUGGACAGAGGAAAGCUGUGUGAUAUCGAUAAAGAGCGCUUUCGUACCUGGAAUGUCGACGUUGACGAUGCUGAGCAGAAGUUUCUCGUUCCGGAAGGCGAAAUGGAACUCAUUGAGCUGGCUGAGAGGAUCCAGAAUCGCUUCCCUAGUCUCUUCUAUGACCAAUAUGACAAUCUAACGUACAGAUUCAAGUACACUGACACUCAGAGAGCCAAAAAGAGUGCUGAAAGCUUUGCAACUGGGUUGUUUGGGAGGGAGAAUAUCCGGCAAGUUUGGUAUCCCAGAGCUGAAAGUAGAGAUCCAAUUUUGAGGUUCUACAAGGGAUGCCCUCGCUGGAAGUCUGAAGUUGACAAGAAUCCUGAUGCAAUGGAGCAAGUUCGAUUGUUUGCAGCUUCUGACCAAUUUUUGCAAGUUUUACGGGAUCUUCGGGUCAAGACAGGGAUUGAGGAUUUAUCUGCAGAUGACAUACAUCUGAUUUACACAACUUGUGCCUUUGAAACUGCCUGGGAUGGACGGAAAAUCUCUCCUUGGUGCAGUCUUUUUGACAAGGAAAAUAUCAAGGUUUUGGAAUUCCUGGAGGAUCUGGAGUAUUACUGGAUUGAUGGAUAUGGGUAUGAGUUGACUUAUCGCCAAGCCUGUCCGGCUGGUCGGAAUAUGUUUGAACAUCUCCAUCCGGAAUCCAAAUUCCCGAAUAUCACGCUGUAUUUCACUCAUUCCGGAACUCUCCUGAAGUACCUGGCAUUCCUGGGACUCUACCGAGAUCCCGAGGUCCUCACGCACACCUCUUUCGGACACGAUUACUCCUGGAAACCCAGCAAAAUCGACACAUUCGGAAGCAAUCUCCUCUUCGUGACAUUCUCCUGCCCAGAAGGCUCCAAAAUCCUCUCAAUGCACCAGGAAAGGAUCAUUCAAAUCCCUGGCUGUCCACCUGACACUCCCCUCUGUGAUUAUAAAAUUUUCUACGAGAAUUUUAAAGACAAAAUUGCCAAUUGCAAUUUUGAAGAAAUGUGCACAAUCUCCUAAUAAAAUAUUAAUUUAUCCAUC